GAGAAAUUAAAUUCUGAAUUUGUCAUGUGCAUAAUGUCUCCAGAUCCAUUUACAUAGCUGAUUUAGUAAACGGCAAACUGAGGCCAAGCAGGAUGGUGGUAGUUCGUUUCAUGGAAUGUGAGGCUACAGUACAUGGCAUUAUUGGGAAAGUUCAAGAUGCUCUUGGCAGUUAUGAUCCUGUAAUUCUCACCGAUGCCCAGGGCAAUGAGAUACUUGACUCUGAAGGAACUAAAGGAUCCAUCUACUGGAAGCAAAAUGCCCGCAAGGUAUUUGCCAUUGCAGAGCACGACUUCACAGAAUUUCAAGGCAGCAAGAGGAAAAGAAGCUCAAGUCGGAGAGAUGAUGAAACCUCAAGUCUACAAGAUGUCUAUGAUAAGAUAGAAGAAGUGGUGCUGGCGUCACAGGGCCUUCAGCAAGUUAUCUCAACUAUCAAAGAGCUUUCUGAGCUGUCCAGUCAGACACCUGCCAAAACCUUGACUGAAGUCCAAACAGAGAAAAUAAAAGCAGCUUUCACUUGCAUAGUCUGCAAAGGACCCAUUGAUCAACCAGUAUUUGCCACCUGCUGUAGAAGCCUGAUCGGAUGCAAACUUUGUGUUGAUCAAUGGAUGGCUACUUCAUCACAGUGCUUAAAAUGCAGAGAGGAAGCUCUUAGCAACCACAUCUUUCUUGCAGCAGGUCUCUCUGAAGCUUUGUUAGCUCUUGGUGACAUCAUUAGGGUAGAGUAG